CUGUAGUGUGUGUCUGAUGAGAAUGGAGGAAAAAGAUCAUGUCAAGUCUCUACCUUGUUCCCAUGAGUUCCAUAGUCUCUGCGUCGAUACAUGGUUCAAUGUCAGCCGCAAGAUUUGCUGUCCUCUUUGUCGCUUUUCACCCGCUACCAUCCUCCUCACUGAUGAACUUCUCCUCUGGUCACACGAUCGACGAUGUCAAUGAAUCUGCUUCCAUCUGAUUUGGAAGAGGAAAUCCUCUGUAGAGUUCCAUUCAGAUAUCUUGCCAAGUUCAGAUCUGUAUGCAAGCUUUGGAAUAGUAUGACUUUGGACGAGAGAGUCAUCCUUAAGAAUAUGAGAUAUAGCGGUGAGCAUGAGUUUAUAAUCACCCAUAAUCUGGAUCUUUCUUCUUCCGUGAGCAUUGAGGAGCAGCAAAACGUGGUAGAUUCUCCUCCGUCUUUGGUGAUCAAAAACCUUAGCCUUAGAAGAGUUCGUCCAGCACGGUGUGUUAAGGUGUACAAGAUCGUGCAAUGCGACGGUCUCUUGUUGUGUGUCAUGGACAACCAGCUUUUGGUUCGGAACCCUUUACUGAAAGAAACGAGUUGGGUCAAAUGCGGCAGCGACUUUCACGCAUACGAUGAUGCGUACAGCCUUGGAUACCUCAGCCCUUGUGAUUACAGGAUCUUACGGUUUCGAUGUGCUAGUAAUUCAAGAAACAGACCUCCAAGAGUUGAGGUCUGCCAACUCGCGUCUAAGACAUGGAAGGUUAUAGAUUAUCCGAUCAGUACUUUUGAUUGGGUCCUUAAAAUACCCUUGUCGAUACUCUCUUUGAGAGGAACUCCUUACUGGAUUGGUCUCCGAGAAGAAGAAGACCAUACAACAACAGCCUUCGUACAAAGCUUUGAUUUUGCCAAAGAAAGGUUUCAACUGAUAGAUCAGCUACCGUUCAGGUAUGAAGAGUUGAAUCCUAUUGCAAUGGAGAUAUUUAAAGGAGACAGGCUCUCAGUGUUGGAGCAAUGUCACAAAACACGGAAGAUAUGCAUAUGGGUUAAGCAUUGGCUCUUACCUUCUUGGAGUAGAUUGAUGGUCGUGGAUAGACCACAUUUUCCGCUGUUACAUCCACCAUCAAGUCGUGUUUCCACAAAUUUUUUUCUUGACAAAAACGGUAGGCUCGUCGUAAUUUGUGUUGAGUUCAAUGUCCAAUAUAUUUAUAACAUUUACAGAGUCAUGGGCGAGAACAACGACGAGUUACAAGUUUUUGAAACAGACAAUGCUGCGGAAAAUAGUAUUUCUUGUUCAUGCAGCUUCGUUCCGAGUUUAGUGAGGCUACCAGGGUUUUUGAAGCAAGACACAAGUCGGAUUCGUUGGAAAAGAAAUAGAUUCAAAUAGUCUUGUUUUUGGUUGUCCUAAUAAGAGAGCUUCUUGUUGCUUACUUUUUCAUUUGCUUAGAGCAAUGGUACUAUAUCUUUUUCCUUUUGCUAUCAUGAAGUUUAAAAUUUUUUAGUAUUUACUAUUUACUAAGACUUCGUUUAAUUGGUAUGUAUGUACUAGUAAUUCGAGCAAUCAAAAGCUCAAAACCCCUUGUCCCUGGAUAUUAAUGAUAGCUGACACUGGAGUAUAUUGAAGAUUAGCUA